UAUGGAGGCGGUUCUCAGCCUUCCGGAGGAUAUUCACAAGGCUCAGCGCCAGUGCCUCAAGCACCACCUGCUCCUGGACCCGCGCCAGUUCCGCAACCAAUGCCACCACCACCCCCACCGAGUGGAGGAGGAUACUCUGGCGCCUCUCCUCCAUCCGGUGGUGGAUAUUCGCAGCCUGGAGGUGGUUACCAGCAAAGAUAUUUCAUGCGCAAUCGGGUUGUCCUCAGGAAAAUGACAGCAAAAGUCUAA